UAUUGCGCAUGCGCAACCUUUCACGGCAAAGCGAACCAAGAUGGCGGCUGUUGUUGAAAAUGUUGUAAAACUGCUGGGAGAGCAGUGCUACAGAGAUGCCAUGGAGCAGUGCCAUAACUACAACGCCCGGCUAUGUGCCGAGAGGAGUGUCCGAAUGCCCUUCCUGGACUCUCAGACUGGAGUGGCGCAGAGCAACUGUUACAUUUGGAUGGAGAAGAGACACAGGGGACCAGGAGUGGCCCCAGGACAGCUGUACACCUACCCAUCCCGCAGGUGGAGGAAGAAACGACGAGCCCUCCCCCCAGAGGAUCCCCGGCUGGUCUUCCCCCCUCUAAAGUCUGAACUGGACUUGGGUUUUAAGAAGGAUGCCCUGUCAUCAUCUGAUGGCAGCAGUCUGGAAGCCCUGCUGAAGGGGGAACCCCUGGAUAAACGGGGUCCUCCGGAGCUCCAUGGGCCAGAAGAGGAGUCCAGUCUGGCAGACUACACUUGUGGGGGAGUCACCCCUGCAGCACGCGUCAGAAAGAGAGUCCUGGAGCCAGAUGACUUCCUGGAUGACUUGGAGGAUGAGGACUAUGAGGAGGACACCCCCAAAAGAAGAGGCAAAGGAAAGGGAAAGGGUCGUGGAGUGAGCAGUGCCAAGAAGAAGCUGGAUGCUGCGGCAGCUGCACUGGAGGACAAGGACAAGCCUUACUCCUGUGACAACACUUUCAGACAAAAGCAUAUUUCACAACCUUCUGGACGAGUCUGUGGGAAGCGUUACAAGAACCGUCCGGGCCUGAGCUACCACUACGCCCACUCCCACCUGGCUGAGGAGGAGGGAGGGGACAAGGAGGAGCCUGAGGUCCACACCCCCACCCCGCCCCAGCCUGAGGAGCCCAAGACACCCAAGAAAGGUCCAGACGGUUUGGCGAUACCCAAUAUCUACUGUGACUUCUGCCUCGGGGACUCAGCCCUCAACCAGAAGACGGGCCAGUCAGAGGGGCUGCAGUCCUGCUCAGACUGUGGACGUUCAGGCCACCCGUCCUGCCUGCAGUUCACCCCUGUGAUGAUGGCUGCAGUGAAGACCUACCGCUGGCAGUGCAUCGAGUGCAAGUGCUGCAACAUCUGUGGCACCUCAGAGAACGACGACCAGCUUCUCUUCUGUGAUGACUGUGAUAGAGGCUAUCACAUGUACUGUCUCAGCCCCCCUAUGGCUGAACCUCCAGAAGGGAGCUGGAGCUGCCAUCUGUGUCUGGACCUGUUGAAAGACAAGGCGUCCAUAUACCGGACACCUAAUGCCCCUCCGUUGUGAUGGACCCCACCCUCUCACAGGUUCUCCAUCACUGGUCAGCAGAGAGGAGUGGGUGGGACAGAUGUCUUGUGAAAAGGGAAGCAUACCUAACCAACCCCCCUUCUGAAACAGGCCUUGGGGAAGCAUACCUUACCAACCCCCCUUCUGAAACAGGCCUCGGGGAAGCAUACCUUACCAACCCCCUUCUGAAACAGGCCUCGGGGAAGCAUACCUUACCAACCCCCCUUCUGAAACAGGCCUCGGGGAAGCAUACCUUACCAACCCCCCUUCUGAAACAGGUCUCGGGGAAGCAUACCUCACCAACCCCCCUUCUGAAACAGGCCUCGGGGAAGCAUACCUUACCAACCCCUUGCUGAAAAAGGCCUCGGUUUGGAAGGGAAACACCUUACAAAGCCCGUGCUGAAACAGGUCUCGGUUUGGAAGGGAAACACCUUACCAAGCCCGUGCUGAAACAGGUCUCGGUUUGGAAGGGAAACACCUUACCAAGCCCGUGCUGAAACAGGUCUUGGUUUGGUUCUUAUAUGGCUGUUACACAGUUCCAAGCUCAAGUGACCCAUAGGCUUUUGUUUUCAACUAUUUGUCAAUAUAUCAAACACAAUGUGUGUUUGAUGAAGUUUGUUUGAGUGACUUAAACCACUUUUGCCAGCCAAAAUACCUGAACACAGUCUCACAUACAGUUCAUGCACACCACUGCUCAGAUCCUACUUUUAUUCGGCAAAAUAUCAGUUUUGCAUGUAGAGGAGAUAAAUAGUUUGAGUCAAUUAGCAUGCCAAUGCUUGUUCAUAAUAAAAACAUGUUCAAAGG